CAGCAGCCCGGAAAGCCAGCCGCUUUCCGCUUCCCCUCUACCCGGGAGGAAGAGGCGUGCGAGGCCGUCGCCAUGCAGGUCUCCAGCCUCAACGACGUGAAGAUCUACAGCCUCAGCGCCGGCAGGAGCCUCCCGGAGUGGCUCUCAGACAGGAAGAAAAGAGCGUUACAGAAGAAAGAUGUGGAUAUCCGUAGAAGAAUUGAACUUAUUCAAGACUUUGAAAUGCCCACAGUUAGCACAAAGAUUAAGGUAUCAAGAGAUGGACAGUAUAUUAUGGCAGUUGGAACUUAUAAGCCAAGGAUCCGCUGUUAUGAUACCUAUCAGUUAUCCCAGAAAUUUGAAAGAUGUUUAGAUGCUGAAGUGGUUACAUUUGAGAUUUUAUCAGAUGAUUACUCAAAGAUUGUCUUCCUGCAGUGUGACAGAUUUGUGGAGUUUCAUUCACAACAUGGCCAUUACUACAGGACAAGAAUACCAAAAUUUGGUAGAGAUUUCUCUUAUCAUUAUCCAUCAUGUGACCUGUAUUUUGUAGGAGCAAGUUCUGAAGUAUACAGGCUAAAUCUGGAACAAGGAAGGUUUCUCAACCCCCUGCAAACUGAUGCUUCAGAGAAUAAUGUCUGUGACAUAAAUCCCGUACACUUCUUGUUUGCUACGGGGACAGCUGAGGGUAAGGUGGAAUGCUGGGAUCCUAGAACUAGAAAUCGAGUUGGGCAGCUGGAUUGUGCUUUAAGCAGUGUGACAGCAGAUACAGAGAUAGAUUGUUUACCAUCUAUUUCAGCGCUGAAAUUUAAUGGAGCUUUGAAUAUGGCUGUUGGAACGUCUACUGGGCAGGUUUUAUUAUAUGACCUCCGGUCUAGUAACCCAUUAAUAGUCAAAGAUCACCAAUAUGGCCUGCCUAUAAAGUCAAUUCAGUUUCAGCAUCAGUUGGAUUUAAUUAUCUCUGCAGAUUCUCGAAUCAUAAAAAUGUGGAACAAAGAUACAGGGAAGAUAUUUACUUCAAUGGAGCCAGAAUAUGACAUCAAUGAUGUCUGUCUUUAUCCAAAUUCAGGAAUGCUAAUGACUGCCAAUGAAGCCCCUAAAAUGAAUAUCUAUUACAUGCCAGUUUUAGGACCUGCCCCCAGAUGGUGUUCCUUCUUGGACAACUUGACUGAAGAACUGGAAGAGAAUCCAGAGAGCACAGUUUACGAUGACUACAAGUUCGUGACCAGAAAAGACCUUGAAAAUUUAGGCCUUGCUCAUCUCAUUGGAUCGACACUGCUCAGAGCAUAUAUGCAUGGCUUUUUCAUGGACAUAAGACUUUAUCAUAAGGCAAAAAUGAUGGCCAACCCCUUUGCCUAUGAAGAAUACAGAAGAGAGAAAAUAAGACAGAAGAUAGAAGAAACACGUGCACAGAGGGUACAGCUGAAGAAACUUCCAAAAGUCAAUAAAGAGCUUGCACUCAAACUGAUUGAAGAAGAAGGAGAAGAACAACAGGUUGCCAGAAAAAGGAAACAAAAGAAUCUCCCUAGCCUUCUCAAAGACGAUCGUUUUAAAGUCAUGUUUGAGAAUCCAGAUUUCCAGGUAGAUGAGCAGAGUGAAGAAUUCAGGCUACUUAACCCACUUGUUUCUAAAAUAAGCGAGAAAAGAAAGAAGAAACUAAAGCUCCUACAGGAACAAGAGGCAAAAGAGCAGGAAGAAGAGGAAGAACCAGAAGGAAAACCAAGUGAUGCAGAAAGUUCUGAGAGUUCAGAUGAUGAAAAAGGUUGGGUUGAAGAGGUCAGGAAACAGCGCAAGCUUCUACGCCAAGAGGAAAAAGUAAAGCGGCAGGAAAGGUUCAAGGAGGAUCAGCAAACAUUACUAAAACCUCAGUUUUUUGAGAUUAAAGAAGGAGAGGAAUUCAGAAGCUUCAAAGACUCUGCCAAAAAACAAAAAUUAAUGAAGAAAACUCUUGGAGAUCGUUUAAAGCUUGAAGAAAAACUUGGCACGUUAAAUGUGUCUGAUACCACAGUAGGCAGCAAGCAGGCAACAUUCAGGUUAAAGAAGUCAGAGCAGCAAAAGAAGCAGCAGGAAGCUGAGAAACAACAUCGUCAAGAGAGGAAAGCUCUUAGGCGUUCUGCUGGUCACCUCAAGAGUAGACGUGGAAGAGGGCAACGGUUUCAUUGAUCUAUGUUAUUUUUUAAGGAACUUUUUUUUUAUCACUUUUCCUUUGAAAAAGGGACUUUGCAAUAGCAAUGUAUUUGUAUUUUGUUACACGGAUGAACAGAAAACAGAACUUGCUAAAUGAUGUCUUAAUUAUUGAGAAGCUUAUGAAAGUAUAAGUAUUGUCUAAGGGACACCAUGACUAUGGUAUGUUGUAGACUCUAGAGUGAACUCUAUUUGUCCAGAAAUAAACAGCAACUGGUUAUUGUGUAACCCUGGAUGUUUUUGAUACAAGAAUUUAUGUCGACAGUGAAGCUGCCUGUCUUUUAACUUAAGAGAAGUGGGUUUUUGCUUUCUGAAAUUUUUAUUUGUAACUUCUUAGAUACAAGAUCAAGGGUGGGUUAUUUUGUCUAAAAACUUACCUUUACAAGGGCACAAGAAAUUUUUCUUCUGUGCAUCUUGAAGUAUGACAUACAACCUUGUUUUUCAAAAUAUGACUUUGUCUUUUGUGUUCUUGGGUUGCCUAGAACGUAUGUUAAGAAAAUAAUUUUGUAUGUUGUCUUCUUGAUUACCAACAGAAUGCUUGUUGCUAAAAAGGAUAGAACACUUUUUUUUAAUCUUACAAACCCUUCAUCUACAUGAGUUGUUCACUACUUGAGCAAAUAAAUUAAUUUUUACUUUUGACCUUUUUUAAGCCUUGUGUAUUGUUUUUUCGAAGGUUUUAUAAAUUGUCUCUGCUAAAUCCAAGAAACUGAACUGUGGAUCCAGAAAAAAAUCAAUCUACCCAUCACAGUAAAUCACUUUGAGGCUUGGAGGUUCUUCAGUGUUUUGCUUUAUAAA